AUGGCUGGGAAACUGUUCCCCGAAACAGAUAUUGGGGAUUCCGAGGAUGUGUGCAGGAGGAGCUCCCUGAGCUUAGAAACCCUGGGGGGCUCUGAAGACAUCAAGGAGCAGUCAGCACCGGAGGGCCAAGAACCUCGUGACAAAGCGGCCAGCAAGGAGGAAGAGCCCAAGGAAGACCCGGGCAGCCCCCUGGAGGGAGAAGGUGAGGGCAAGAAGGAGGCCCCCAGACCACAGGGCACAGAUUUGCUGGAUUUUCGAUGGCUGCAGGAAAAGGAAGAAAAGGGGUUACUGCAAGAGCAGCUGUGGUCCCCACCUGACAACAACAAAGAAGACCCCCCGGAGCCCAGAGUCAAAGAGGUCCUUCCUUAUGACAAUGCUAAGCCAGACCAACCUGAAAGGGCCACAGCGGAUCACGAGGCUUACUACCUGGCCGAUGACGAGGCAACGCUCCUGGGCGACUCCUGCGCCUCCACAGGCUACUUCCCCUGCUACCGGACCUACGAGGAGUUCCCCCGCUACCAGCCCCCCGGGCGCCCCGAAGACAGAGAGAGUGGGGGCCCCCGAGCGGGCAGGAAGAAGAUCCCCCCCACAAAGGGGCAGGGAGCCCCCCACAGCCCCCCAUCGCCCCUGCCAGCGGCCAGUGUGAGCAGGAAGUGCCCUCAAAAGAGGAAAAACCGAGGGGCCCCGGAGAAGGAGCAGGCCACAGAAGGGGGGCUGAAGGCGCGGUUGCAGGACCAGCGCUCCCUGCCCCCCAACCCAGAGCAGGUGGGGCGCGAUGUCAGGCUAGAGACGGAAUGAGGAAGAACUAGUCCCCAGCAGUGCCCUUCUGCUGGGAGUCGCCCCUCAGUCAAGGAGACUCACAACACCCCCUCAGAGCCCCGCACGACCCCCUCACGCCUCAGCCUCC